AUGGAAGUAGCAUCUCAUCACCUCCAUCCGUUUGUUUCAAUCUCGUAUCAUACUAGUACCUCUAUAGUAAUCGUCCGGCACGACCCCAGCAUAUUCUCCAGCAAAAUAAUUCUUCCUCCUCGCCAGCCAACAAACAACGCCCGUCCCAAGAUGAAGUUCUCCGCCUCCCUCCUCGCCAGCUGCCUCGCCGCCAGCGCCAUGGCGCUCAACACCCCCAUCGAGGCCCGCCAGCGGGGCAAGACGGGCGACGGCGCCCUCUGCAACAAGAACAAGGGCGCCUGCAGCGGCGGCGUCUGCGUCGACUUUAGCGGCGCCGGGAGCACCAACGAGGCCAAGUGCAAGGUCAAGCGGGAAGAGAUCCCCAUGAUCGAGGCGCGUGAUCCGGGGCCGCACGCGCCGACCUCGGCGGCGCCUAAUGAUAGGGUGACGCGAGGUGCUAGUCGCGGGCGCGAGCGUGGAAUGGAGAGCCGGGAAAAGGAGGUCAUGGUUAUACAGGUACACAGUCGGCCUUGGACGCCCGGGCAUUCAGGUGGCGCAGACACCACGGACAGGCCAAUUAGGCAAUCAGUGCCACCCGCCGUCGAUGUUUCGGGAAGGACAAGAGCGAGCGGGAUUUAG